AUGACGGAAAACAAUAUUGCCCCUGCGACGACGCAGCCUGCGACCUUGCCGGCCCCUGUUGCAGAGCCCCCCAUUCAGGCCACUGCCGCCUCGACGGCGGCAGUCACCGCGACCGCCGCCGCGGCGACCGCGGCGGUCAACAGCCCCGCUAUGAAUGGGGUUGGCGAGCAGCUGCCGUGUCAAUGGGUCGGAUGUACUGAAAAGUCUCCUACUGCCGAGGCUCUCUAUGAGCAUGUCUGCGAACGCCACGUUGGUCGCAAGAGUACUAACAACCUCAAUCUCACUUGCCAAUGGGGGACCUGUAACACCACCACCGUCAAGCGGGACCACAUCACUUCUCACAUCCGGGUGCAUGUGCCCCUCAAGCCUCACAAGUGUGACUUCUGUGGGAAGGCGUUCAAGCGCCCCCAGGAUCUGAAGAAGCAUGUGAAGACCCAUGCCGACGACUCCGAGAUUCGGUCCCCCGAGCCGGGCAUGAAGCACCCGGACAUGAUGUUCCCUCAAAACCCCAAGGGAUAUGCUGCUGCCACUCAUUACUUUGAGAGCCCGAUCAACGGGGUCAAUGGCCAGUAUGCGCACGCUGCGCCCCAGUACUACCAGCCACACCCUCCUCCUCAGGCUGCCAACCCACAUUCCUACGGUAAUGUGUACUACGCGCUGAGCCAGGGCCAAGAUGGAAACCACGCCUAUGACCGCAAGCGUGGCUACGAUGCUUUGAACGAGUUCUUUGGUGACCUCAAGCGUCGCCAAUUCGACCCCAACUCCUACGCUGCGGUCGGCCAGCGCCUUCUCGGCUUGCAGGCUCUCCAGCUUCCCAUCCUCAAUGGCCCUGUCCCCGAAUACCAGCAGAUUCCUGCAUCUGUCGCCGUCGGCGGCGGUGGUGGUUACAGCCCAGGUGGCUCUCAGCCUCCUGGCUACCAUCUUCCCCCGAUGUCCAAUGUCCGCACCAAGAACGACCUACUCAACAUUGAUCAGUUCUUGGAACAGAUGCAGAACACCAUCUACGAGAGCGACGAGAAUGUCGCCGCUGCCGGCGUCGCCCAGCCCGGUGCUCACUACCUCCACGGCGGCAUGAACUACCGCGCUACUCACUCUCCUCCUACCCAACUGCCUCCCAGUCAUGUCACCGCCACUCCCUCUGCUCCUAUGAUGCCGGCCCAGGCCCACUCACCAUCCGUGGGCACUCCCGCCCUGACCCCGCCCUCCAGCGCGCAGUCCUACACCUCGCAACGCUCGCCCAUCUCCAUGCACCACGCCCAGCGCGUGUCUCCUCCCCACGAGAGCGGCGCCGGCAUGUACCCCCGUCUGCCCUCCGCCACCGUCGCCGACAGCAUGACCGCCGGCUACCCCACCGCGUCCGGGGCCGCACCCCCCUCCACCCUCAGCGGCGCCUACGACCACGACGACCGUCGCCGCUACACCGGCGGCACCCUGCAGCGCGCCCGGCCGGCCGAGCGAGCCGCCACCGAGGACCGCAUGGACGUCUCCCAGGACACCAAGGAUGGUGACCGCACUCCUACCAAGGAGCACCCCAUGCACAUCUCCGCAAGCCUGAUUGACCCUGCGCUAUCGGGCUCGGCCAACCCAGACCAGGAGGUCGCUCAGCGCACCGCCCAGGCCGCCACCGAAGUCGCGGAACGCGACGUCAACGUCGCCUGGGUGGAGAAGGUUCGUCUCCUGGAGAACCUUCGUCGCUUGGUCUCCGAGCUGCUGGAGGCUGAUGGCCAGACUCAGGCGCAGAGCUCAUCUGCGUCGCCUACGCCUGGGCUUGAUGCUAUGGAGGGCGUGGAGACUGCGUCGCGGGCUGCUUCCGAGCAGCCUAAGGAGGAACCUAAGGCUGAGAGUGCUGUCUUCUACCCUACGUUACGUGGGCUGGAUGAAGAUGGAGAUUCUAAAAUGCCUGGUGAUGAGUAG